AUGCUUCUCAAACUGACAACAUCACUAGAAUUGGUUGGAGUUGAGGUGUUUCUUGGAUAUGAUGUGAUGCAGAGGCUGGGAGCAAGAAAUAUCCAGAUUCCAGAUAUAAAAGAACCUUUAAGAAGACACAAUCGGCGGAUACAUACUGAGAUGAUGUCCCAUCUGAGAACGCUGUAUCAGAAUACUAUGGCUGGACGUCCAUCUUCCGAGUCAGAGGCAGCUCUUGAUGCAAAAAAUCGUGCAAUGGAAUUAUUGAACGAACUUCAUAAAAGUCCGCUCGAGCUGGGUCAAGUCAGAUAUGAUAGGUUUGUAUCUCUUUGGACAGCCUCUGGGCAACAAGGUGCCUCUUCUCCCCUCACACAAUUAUGUGAGCAAAUGCAGUAUCCACUGGGAUGGGCAAAUACUCCACCAACAGAUACAUAUGAGUACAGUGAAGAUGCUGCUAAGUUUUGGAUGCCAUUGUGGCAUGAAUUCACGCCUCUUUUGCAAGAGUUUUAG